UCAGUCUCUAACAUGACUGUAAAUGAGUCAAUUAUUUCUGUCCUGGUUUGGUCAGCUGCUGGUUUCCUGACCCAAUCCAGCCACUUUUUGUUCAGCGCUGACUUGGUGAACAUAGGGUUAAGUUUUCCUCUUCCAGAGUUUAUCCCUCAUAAUGGGAUGUGCCUCCGAGUCGCUCUGCUGGUUUAAGCUGCAGCAGGUCAACAUAUUCAGCGCAAGAGGCGGUGCGACAUGGGCUGAGCCUAUUUGCAGGGAAAUGAGCUGUGGACUGUGAGCUGCUCAGUGGUCGUGAUUUCUCCCGACGAGGAGCUGGUGGGCCUCCGACAGACAUGGCGACACGUGGAAGUGUGUGGCCGACAGGAACCGCCGGCCGUCGGGUGGAUUAACCGGGGAUUGGGUGAGCGGCCGCCGGCAAGGACUGAACCAUUUUUUCCGCUCCCACUCCUCGGAAUCCUGCGAUGCGCUCCGUAGAGGAAGCGGGUUUCGCAGACAUCCGGAAAACGCAUCCAUGCGCCACGGCAGCCCCGCAUCCCGAUAUGCUCCUGACAACACAAAGCCUGGCUUCAAUUAGCUUCAGUUCAGAACCGCACAUGCAAAUCGGCAUGGGUGCGUCAAAACGGUCAUUGCGCUUUGUUUUGUGGCUGAGGCUUCGGAUUGCAGUUCUGCAAUGAGACAGUCGGAGAUGAUCAAGUAAGACUUUAUUGAUACAUAUUUCGACAAUAUGGCUGACCAGAGCAACAUUCAGUCCGCCGCCUCUAAGAGCAUCCGGCCCUUUAAAUCCAGUGAAGAAUACCUGUAUGCCAUGAAGGAGGACCUGGCUGAAUGGCUGAAGACCCUCUACGACCUGGACGUCACUGCGGACACCUUCAUGGAUGCGCUGGAGACGGGCUGCGCCCUGUGUCGGCACGCCAACACCGUGAACCGCGCUGCGCAGGAAUUCCAGUUGGAGAACCCGGAGGCUGCGAAGUCCAUGAAGGUGCCGUCGAAGGAUGUGGUCUUCCAGUCACGAAACGUGAUCCCCGGCUCGUUCCUGGCGAGGGAUAACGUCUCCAACUUCAUCACCUGGUGCAGGCAGGAGCUCUGGAUCAAGGACGUCCUCAUGUUUGAGACCAACGACCUGGUGGAGAGAUGCAACGAGAAGAAUUUCAUCCUGUGUCUCCUGGAGGUGGCUCGGCGGGGCUCCAAGUUUGGCAUGCUUGCGCCCAUGCUGAUCCAGCUGGAGGAGGAGAUCGAAGAGGAGAUCCGGGAUCAGGAGAGCCUGCAGGCCGAGGGAGCUGAGCAGGCCGAAGAGAUGAGCUCACCAAGCAGGUGUUACAGUCGGAAGGAGAGCUGUCACAGUGUGGAGGACGAGGAGGAACCGGAGCCGGAGCCUUACGUCUGGCCGCAGAAGAGAGUUUUAUGUGACAUGCGAAACCUGGAUGAACUGGUACGUGAAAUCCUGGGCCACUGUUCCUGUCCUGCUCAGUUUCCUAUGAUUAAAGUGUCCGAAGGGAAGUACAAAGUAGGAGACUCCAGUGCUCUGAUCUUCAUCAGGGUCCUCCGGACUCAUGUGAUGGUGCGUGUCGGAGGGGGCUGGGACACGUUGGAGCACUAUUUGGACAAGCAUGAUCCGUGUCGCUGUGCUGCAUUCGCUCACCGCUACCACCAGGCUAAAGCAAGUGGUCAAAGCCAGGGAGCCCAGAGCAAGUCCUCUAGUGCCCACUCCUCCCGCUCCACCAGCCCAGGUCCACACUGGAGGAAUGAGGGCAUUUCGACUUACAAACCCAACGACAGGCGCUCCUUGGAGCCUCUCUCUGCUCCAAGUGUAUCCUCUUCCUCCUCCUCUUCUUCCACACGACCUGGUCGAUCCCAAAAUUCAUUUGUCCGUACAGAGGCGGACGCUGCUGGAGCUCGAACUCUGCUCCCUAAGCCACAAAGAGAUCGCUCGGAGCCGCGCCACUUUAAUCCUCUCAGGAAUAAAGAAACAUUGACAAGACGUCUCUCUGGAGAUAGUGACUCUUCCACAGCCUCCUCCAAAGGAGGAGGGGGAGGCGGGCGGCAGUCACUCAGUGGCCCUUCACGGCGCUCUGGUGAACAAGUGGUACUACUUGUCAACCGCAAGGAAGGAAAGCAUAUGAUUGAGAGAGCAGGAGCAGGCAAUCAAACCCCAUCUACAUGUUCCUCGACGCCCCGUGCACGCAGCCAUUCGCGGGAGCGUUCUUCGCUUCCGCCAACACUAAAACCCAACCCACCAACAGGAUCUUCUGAUGGUUCACGGACGUCUCGGACAGACAGAGGGCGCUCUGUUGGAAAUGAUGGUCCGAGGAGGCUCCAUGUUCCUCGUUCUCACAGCCAGAGUAAGUUAACAAGCAGCACUUUGUCAAGUGAUGGCAGCCCUGCACAUUGUUCCUCUCCUCGGGCUUCCCAGCGCCCACCUUCAGAAAAACAAGUAGAUCUGCCUAAACAGGUAGCCCCAUCCUCUCCUAGAGGAGGUGUUGCUUUCAGUAAGAAGCAGUCAUUCUCAUGCAACAACUCGCCAGUUAAAGGAGUCCAAAGCAACAACAGCAGCCCUGUCAAGAAGACUGUCACUACUCCUAGACCCCAAGUGUCCUGCUCACCAUCCACAGGAAAAGGCAAGCUACUUCCCCCUGUCACCUCUGGAGGGCGACGUCCACCACACUCCUCUCCUCGUAACUCUAACAACUGUGCUACCCGCUCCCCUCGUCUCUCACAGUCUCCUCGAUCAGCUGUGCGAGGCCAGCCUAAAAACAUUUCUCAAAUGGAGAAACAGGAGGCUGGAGAUGACAGGCCUGGGUUAGGCUACCAAAUCCUGCCACCAUUUGACCCUCAAAAAGAACAGGACCUCUAUCGCAGCUUUGAGGCUGAGUUUCUGGCCAAUUCCCAGCAGGUCAAGGGGAAUUUUACUGGUAAAACUGUAGGAAAAGCAACGCUGCAGGUAGCACAUGCACUCACUGAGCCUGCUUUGUCUGAUUCUGCUUCUUCUUCAUCUAACUCCUCCACUUCUUCCCUAAAUGUGGGUGCAAAGAUUGGAAGUCUGCCUUACCUCAAGCAAUCCAAGAGGACUAACCUCCAACACUUCCCACCAGAGGACCCUUUAAAUAUACUUUAUGGACAAAAUCUUGGAGAACUUCAUGGUUUGGGUCACACAGAGCAUGAACACUGGGGGGAAUGGAAAGGGGGCCUCAAGAAACUCCCCGCAAUUUCUAGCUUAGUAGAGAAAAGGGAAGCUCCAGCUUCUUUGCCUGGCCUUAGAGAUACUAAGUCUGAUGAGCUAAUGAAUCAUAUCCCCUCCCAACCUGCUAUAGAUAGCAGGAAUAUGAAUGGAGAACAUGGGUGUUCUCCUACAGGUGGGCUCUCAGGUCAAAAAUGUCCACUUGACUUGAGCUCAGUGACAGAAGGAGAUGUUCCCCUAGAAAAUCACCUGCCUAAUCUACCAUAUGAUCUUGAAAAUAGUGGCAAUAGUGAUAACGUCCUGCCUCCAGAGGGUCCUCUAUCACCUGUACCCCUUGCACCAUCUGAGGACUGCUCUUUCCAGGAUUCCUCUAGUGAAAACUCCUCAAUGUCCUUUAGCUUGAGUGAAUCCCGCUCCGGAUCUCCUCCAACAUCCUUAAAAAUAAUCAAUGGGGAAAAUGGACAAAGCAAUGAAGUCUCGAUCUCCGAGCACAAACCGGGUGUAAAGUUAAUGCCUCGUACUGACAAUAGGCUGCAGAACACCCCCUCACGAAUCCCCACACCUGUCAGACACAAAAAUGUUCACACUAACAAAACUCUGUCCCCUUGCAGUACACCGCCACUGUCACGUAAGACCUCCCAUCCUACUUCAUGCAAGAACUUGCACCAGAACUUCACAGACAUGAUUCAUCCUCAGUCUCACUCUCCAACCGUAGGCAACAAAGACUGCUCCUACCCUGCACAGGGAAGCCUAGACACUGAAGCUAUAGCACAAAACUGAUUGCUGCAGCAGGCUCUUUGACUACUAUGUAAUUGAAAAAAGACUUACGUUUGGGCUAAAAACUGUUGUCACUGCAUGUUAAACAACUUUUCAUUAAGAUUGUUUUUAAAGAUGCACCGAUAAAAGAAUUGUGGCUGAUGUCUGAUCUCUGAAUUUUAGAAAGCUUUGACCUGCCAAUACAAAUUUUUGUUUAUUAUAAGAAGUUAGUAUUUCAAGAACUCUAAAAAUUAAUGUUACAAAUACAGCAGUUGCUGUAAAACAGGGUUUUGUUAAUGUAAAACACACAUUUUAACAAGCUAAUGACUGUCUUUAGUAUCAUUAGUAACAUAGGUAGUGUAAACUAUAGAUGCUAACACUAAGUUGAGUUAGGACUAGAGCUAAAGAUACUGACAAUAAAGGACUCAAACUUAAAAUGUGUUCAUAAUUUACAAAACUAGACCUUGGCAGGUGAUAGUCAUGUCGUUCAUUUUGAAAUUUGGGUCAUGUUGUGCAAAAAGACUAAAUUACAGAAGUGAGUCUUCUGCAUCAGGAUGUCAAUUGAUGCCUGGCUUGAGGAUCUUUUGGUAUAUUGUCCAAAAAAAAGAGAAACUACUCAGAGCUCACUUCAGUAGGUACUAAGAAGGCUAAACAUCAAAUAGUAAAGCUGCUCAUUUUCACAUGUUUGAGUUCUUAAACUGUCUGCCAUGGAAAAUGUCGGUAUUAGAAAUAAUGUCUGCCUUUAGGAAAUACUCAACUUAUUUAGUGCCUAUAGUUUGAUAACCCUCUUGAGUUCACCUUGGCUUGUCAAGCUGUAAAUCAUCUGAUUUCGGUCACUAACAUAUUUCUUGGCGUAUCUCCGUUGUUUUCCUGUUGGGGUCCAUUUUGCUUUUUUUGCACUCAAGCCAAAUUCUUUAUUACCAAAGGAAUGGUCUUUAUUUUUAUCAUGACAUUGUUUGCAUGGGGCUGUUUUUGCCAAUCAUAGUGUUUCUUUUUCUCCUAGCUGCACACAUUCUCACAGUUGACAUCCAGAGAUAGAAAGAACAUAUGUGCUGCCAUGUGCCGCACCACAGGGCAUGGUUAUGUGCCAUGUAUUUGCAUUAGCUUUAUAAAACUGCACUAACACUAAACCUAUGGUCAAAUGGACCUUUUUCUGUUGCAGUUGGUCAUUAUCUCUCAGUUUACUUUAGUAGUCAGAAUACUGGUACUAAAACUGUAGGAUUCUACACAUUACUGAUGUUAAUAGGAGGUUUAGUAUAUAAAUACAUACAAUUUACUCAUCGUGUAACAGGCAUACUCAACAACAUAUAUUCAGCUGCCCUUAUGAUGCAUAAAUUAUCAACUAAUUUCUGUACAGCAGUCAGUCAUUAUAGUCAAGGUUAAUAUUUAUUUAAUUCUCAAUUUGUGUCGAAUUUGCUUAUUUUAAUGCAGAAUAUGGUUUUAAUUUAUACUUUUAAAUGACAGAAUUAUAAAAAAAUAUAAAGAGAUUUGUGUUAAUUUCGUCAUUGUCACUGAAAUGGAAAGUUGAGAGCUCCUUCUUUGACCAAACAGCACUCUGGUGUUCAGCGUUUAAUAUGUAUGAGCAGCAGAAAUUGCACGCUGACGAGAAUGAAUGUGUAAAUACAUGCUGGGUGGGUGGUUUUGUAAAUACAAGGCAUGGAAUAUACAGUUUUAAUGUACAUACUUUGCUGUAAUAAGGCCCAUUAUGCCUUAGCUAUGCAAUUCAUAUAUGGUGUUGGAAAAUGCCUUGACAACUCCCUUUGCCUUAAAUGUUUAGUCAUAAAUUUAUUUUUGAAUGUUUUGUAGCUUGAAUUUGGUAACACUACAUUACCAUAAUUUACUGUUUAUUGUGAAAUAAAUCGAAAGUAUUUAAUGUGAAUGUUUUAAAAAAAAUUGAAGAACAUUGGCUACUUUAAUUGUACAUUAAUUUUGAUGUAAAGUUUCACUCCCUGAGAAAUCCUAAUGUACUCCAUCCUGACUGUGGUGGCAAUUAAACAAACUGAUGGUGACAUCUAGUGGCUAAAAGAGACGUUUGUUGUAUUUUUUUCCUGCUUAUAUUGUCAUAACCUGGUGCUGAUUAGAACCAGUAACAAUGUAAUGACCCAAUGGAAACAAAUGGAUGAAGCAAGGCGCUAACUUGAGUGUCUGCAAAAGGCUUGAA